AUGGAAGAGAUAUCGGAGACGGCAAAAGCUUAUUAUGCUAACGUAUCAGAAAAGCAGAAGCGAUUAGCGAAAGAUCUCUUCAACGAAAUGGAUAAAGAUGGAGAUGGAAAAAUUACUUUCGAUGAAUAUGAACAAUAUAUCAAGCACAAGAAAGGUUAUAAAACAAUUUCCACUCCUGAUUUCUUUAAAAAGUUUGAUGAGGAUGGAAAUGGCACAUUGGAUUUCGAUGAAAUUGUGACUGUACACUACAUAUGCGCAAGCCAAAGAAUUUUCUUUUGUGACGAGUGCAGGGUCUUUCUUGAUGGUGUCUAUUUCACUUGUGUCCAGUGCUUCAAUGGCUCUGGGAAUACUUAUGAUCUCUGUAUUUCUUGCUAUCGCGAUAAAGAUAUUAAUCAUCAUAAGGAUGCUUUGUUUCUUGAUAAUUACACGUUGCUGCAAUCAAAUAGGAAGCGAAAUAAUGGAUUGGCCGAUCAGGGCAAAAAUGGAGUUUCAGAUGUAGAUGCAGUUGCAGUUGCAAAGUUUAGUGUUGAAACUGCGUCUAACGCUGUUAACUGUUGUUGCCAAAUGUAA